AUGCUUGGUGAUGAUAAUAAUGUAUGUGACUUGCGACUUGAUCAGUUAUUCCCCUCAGCACUCACCUCCUUUCUCUAUGGAAAGAAAAGAACGGGCGCCAUGACCGAGGAACCGCAGCUUGGUUCCAUCCAAGAGCGGAUUGCCGCUCUCAAGCGGUCACAGUCGUCCCAGUCCCAGGCAGGCGGAGCCCCUCAGUCACCUCCAUUCCUUCACCCACCCACCGAGCGCAGCAGUUCGGCCAACAGCCGUCUCUCGUAUCAUGUGAAUGGCUCUGUGCUGAAUGGCCCUCGAUCGACUCAGACGUCGUCUGCAGAGCCAGAAGUGAGAGCCAAAAAGACACCGCCGCCUGUGCCUACACGAAGGGCUGAUCGCCCGCCUCCUCCUCUACCUACGCGCCCAGAUCUUCCAGCCCGUCCAGAGGCCACUCAGCGACAGCGACCACAACCUCCUUCGAGCCCCGAAGUUCGCCCUACGUUACCGCCUCGCCGACCUACGGAUUUAUCGCGAAAACGGUCGCAAGAGUCUGUCCUGUCUAACACAUCAUACUCGACGGCUGGAACAAGUCUUAGGCACGCCGCUUCGACGACAUCUCUGAGUUCUAAUGACACCGGUAGGAUCAAGGCCCCGGCUUGGGGCCAGACUGAAUUACCCGUGCUGCCUCCCAAGCGACCACAGGCACAGGAUGACCUCAAGCCACUCCCGCGUUCCGAGUCUAGCUCGAACUCAAUGGUUAGCGGGUUGACCUCGAAAAUAUCAGCCUUGCGGGGGAGGGUCUCUGGAUCUCUGUCUUCGUCUCCGUCCUCGUCAGCCAGAUCCAGUGUACCUUCACAUUCAUCGGCUAGAGAUUCGUCACCUAGGCCUCAAAUUCCCCCACGCCGGCCGUCCGCGCCACAGACACAAGCAAAUGGAACAAAUGGAGAUGCCGAAGAAGAAUACAGACCUAGUCUGCCGGCUCGAAGGCUCCCGCCGCCUUCAUCUACUGAUAGUAUUAAAAAUGACCGCCAGGCUGGAUUCGGUAGCUUUAACAAGAGCCCAGGCAGUCUCACGAGGCCAGGUAGUACACCAAGUGUGAAUGGGGCUUCGAGUGGAGGGCCGCCACCAGUACCCCAUGGAUCACGUCCUAGUGCCCAUUCGCCCCCUCAGACUUCGGGACGAGGGAAGGUGUCCAAUAUUGACAAUCCUCGGACCUUCAAAGAGCUCAUAUCCUCCGGUCCAGUCCUCGUUGAUUUCUAUGCGACCUACUGCGGACCUUGCAAGCAGGUGGCCCCUAAGAUCUGUGCUCUCGCAGAGAAAUAUCAAAAUGUUCUGUUCCUCCAGGUUGAUAUAGAGGUUAUGAAAAUGGUCGCUCGGGAAUAUCAAGUACAGGCGAUGCCUACUUUUGUUCUGAUGCAGGACGGCGAGGAGGAUAAGCGCGUUGUCGGUGCAAAUGUUUGGGAGCUUGAGCAGUGGCUUAAGACAACACCUGGUGCCCCUGGUGCACCUACACACGGGUUGGUGUGCAAUGCUGACAACCCGAAAGUCUUCGCGAAUCUCACCUCUUCCGGUUCUGUUCUCGUUGACUUCUACGCGACUUAUUGCGGCCCUUGCAAGGAGGUUGCCCCUAAGAUAGGUGCCCUUAGCGAGAAGUACCAAAAUGUUCGGUUCCUCCAGGUCGAUAUUGAUGCAGCCAAGGCGACUGCUACGGAAUACCAAAUUACAGCAAUGCCCACCUUCAUCCUGAUGAGGGAUGGCAGGGAACACAAGCGGGUAAUUGGUGCAAAUGUCUGGGAACUUGAGCAGUGGCUUCAGUCGCAGCCUGCAUGA